UCACUCUUUGUGUGCUAGUUUCCAGAACCUUAAUAUAAAUUAUAAAAUAAAAUCACUAUAGAAAUUGACAAACAAAAUAUUUUAUUCUUAAUUUCCUUUUUCUAUUUCAAAUAAACGCAAACUUAUCAAAAUUUGUUUUCAUUGAAGUCUCCAUUUUUCAUUAUGCAUCUCGGAGUAAAUAUAUCAAAUGCGUUACAACAACUGGAGAGUGUGAAGGCUGCUGUUGACCAAAGUGAUGAUCCAAAAUUAAAGGCUGCCACUAAUGAUGACUUGAAUAUGCUUAUCAAUCUUUUGGAUAGUCCCAUUUUAAGAAGUAUUGCUACUCUUCAUGACUCCGUGGGCAUGCUCGCUACUCAAGUAGCUCAUCAUCCGUCUAUUCUUCCUGGAGACUUUGAUAUAACACCAGCUGGUGAUCUUGCUUUGCAAGCAAGAAAUUUAUAUGGAGGUCAUGAAGGUGAAGAAGAACAGAGAGUUCCUCAAGUUUCUCCACCUCACAGUUUAGAAUUUGGAUCUAAUUCUGACAAUGAACGAAUCUUGGGCAUUGAUACUGCUUCUGUUGAUUCCAACAUGUCUCCUAAACAGGUCCAUGGAUUACUUGAAAUGACUCGUAAUGAUGAUUCCCUUCCUUCUACAUCUCACAAUAUAGUUGCCAGCGAUUGGGCGCAGGUUGAAAUAAUCAACUUAGUUAAUGAUGGCACUGGACUUGGAUUUGGCAUAAUUGGUGCUAGGACUAGUGGUGUUAUAGUGAAAACUAUUCUAGCUGGUGGUGUAGCCGACCGUGAUGGACGUCUUAAAUCUGGUGACCAUAUCUUACAAAUUGGAGAUGCACACCUGAUGGAGAUGGGGUCGGAGCAGGUGGCUGGAGUACUGCGCGCGUCGGGAUCACGUGUGCGGCUGGUGGUGGCGAGGCCCGUCGACCCUGCCGCGCCCCAUCACGCCCCUGCGCCAGUAGUGCCCGCCAGAUUGCUAUCGGAACCUGAAGCUUUGGAUCGGUAUCUGUUAGAUGCUGGGUUCGAACAAGUGUUUCACACGCAGCCAACGUCUCUACCUCACACCGCAACUGCAUCGAGAUUCGUGUUCGAUCAAUCGAUUACUCCACCACCCGAUUCCGAUGCAGAAUCGCCAGAAGUGGACCGGUUUACUGUGCAACUAAAGAAAGAUGAGAAUGGCCUAGGAAUUACAAUAGCGGGAUAUGUAUGCGAAAAAGAAGAAUUGUCUGGCAUAUUUGUAAAAUCAGUAACACCUGGUAGUGCGGCCGCUCUAAGUGGAAGAGUGCGGGUCAAUGAUCGCAUCGUCGCUGUCGAUGGCGUCUCGCUUGCUGGCAAGUCAAACCAGCGCGCUGUUGAUGCACUCAAGCAGAGCGGGAAUAUCGUAACCUUGGAAUUAGAGAGGUACCUGCGUGGACCGAAGUUCGAGCAGCUGCAGCAGGCGAUCGCGGCCGGUGAGAGCGCAGCGGCGACCGGAGCGGCGCCGGCGCAUAACCCCUUCCUACACAUGCACCGCGCCGACGCGCCUACUGAACACCACAUACAGAUGACACACUUGCACACUACUAUAGACGGGGCUUCCCCGCCGCACAGCCCCCCACCCGCGGCCGCCGCCCCCGGGCCCGUGGCGGCGCGCCCGCACCCGCCAUUCGAGAUGCCGCGCACCCAGGAACAGAAGGAGGCUAUCAAGCGCAAGUGGCAGGCCAUACUCGGCCCGGAGGUGGAGAUCGUGGUAGGCGUGGUGGUGCGUGGAGGCGGCGGGCUCGGCAUCUCGCUAGAGGGCACUGUUGACGUGGAGGGCGGGCGUGAGGUGCGCCCCCACCACUACGUGCGCUCCGUGCUGCCCGAGGGGCCGGUGGGGCGCGCGGGCGUGCACCGGCCCGGGGACGAGCUGCUCGAGGUGAACGGGCACCGGCUGCUGGGCAUGAACCACCUGGAGGUGGUAUCGAUCCUGAAGGAGCUGUCAAGCGAGGUGUGCAUGGUGUGCGCCCGCCCGCGCCCGCCGCCCGCCCUCGACCUCGCGCCGCCCGCUGCCACCCUCGUCAAGGCGAAGUCUGACGGCAGCCUGGCGGGCGCGGGCGCAGAAGAGGGCGGAGCGCUAGCGGCGGCCGGCAAGGUGCGCUCGCGCAGCCUCGAGCCGCUCACCGGCCUCGCCAUGUGGUCCUCCGAACCGCAGAUUAUUGAAUUGGUGAAGGGUGAGCGCGGGCUGGGCUUCUCGAUCCUGGACUACCAGGACCCGCUGCGGCCGGCGCACACGCUGGUGGUGAUCCGGUCGCUGGUGCCGGGCGGCGUCGCGCAGCAGGACGGACGCCUCAUACCCGGCGAUCGGCUGCUCUUUGUUAACGAUCAGAAUCUGGAGGACGCGAGUCUAGAGCAAGCGGUUGCGGCGCUGAAGGGCGCGCCACGUGGCGUGGUCCGCAUCGGGGUGGCGAAGCCGCUGCCGCUCGCGGACGCUCCGCCCCCGCUACCCGCCUCCGCGCCCCCCGCACGCCCCCUCGCGCCCGCCGCCCUCGCCGAUCACGUGCCUGAACCGUAAAACCAGCACCAAACGAGUACCGACUGAAUUCACUCCCCGCGGUUGAUACAUUCCUUAUGGUAAAUAUUUUAGGAAUAAUACAUUUAUUUUCUGUAAAGAAGAAUUAAAAAAAAAGAAUGAAGUUGGAGAACUGUUCAUUUAACUAGAUGAGGGAGACAGUAGCCCAAACUAGGUUUCCCUGUACUAUGCGUCUUCGGCCAUUUUUCUCUAUAUAAGACAUAAGACAAUACGAGCUAGAAACUUUCUGUUAUUUUUGGCAUUAUAUUUUUACAUAAUGAAAUCAUACUACUUAUAUAAAGCAUAUGAUAUAUUUGCCAAGUCCAUUAGUGUUUUUAAAUUUUUUUGAACGAAAUCGUUGAUGAAGAUCUUUGACAACAAUCUUUUCAAUUAAUGGAAAACUUAUACUUUCCUUUUUCUUUAUAGGUGUUAUUUCACUAAUUUAAUUUUAAGAAACAAAAUGAUUACUUAAUGAUAUGAUGGUUUUAAAAUGUAUAAAUUUAUAAAAAAUAUUGUUAUUAGAUGAGAUGAGAUUUAUAUUGUAUAAUUAAAAUUUAUAUUAUAUUGUAUAGCACGGAUUUAAAAUCUUACUGACAUUCCAUUUCUUUCAAAUAUUACAGUUACCACGUAGUAACGUGCCCGGAUUAUUUUAAUUUUAGACGUUUAUUGCGAAAAGUAAUGGUUAACAGUAUUCAUUCUGUUUCAUUUGAGUAGUCGAGUCUUUUUCCUAGUUACAUUUUUAAAUAGAAUAUGUAGUCUAAAAUUGGGCUUAAAAUUCAGCGUUUGUCGUUAUGGACCGAUCGCUUGCUUUUAAUACCAUACUUUAUUCUCACAGGAUAACGGAACCUUUUUUAAUCUGAUAACCACUACAGUGUCUUAAAAACCGAUAUAAUCGUAGAUGCAAUGGUUAGGAUUUGUGGUUCAUGUAAGAUAAACUGUAUAUGUUUAUGUAUAUGUAUACUUACAUGAACCACAAAUCUUCAGAGACAUUCUUUAAUUAAUAUGUUAUGAAUAUUUAGUUAUGUGACAUUAAAAUUGUUAAUAAGGUAUUGCUUCUAAAGUCAAAAUGCAGAUAAUCAUUGCCUAAUCACAUCUAAAUGGAGCAGGGUAGUGAUCAUAGGAUACAUGCUAUCGACUACAAUUCGAUAAAAUGAUAGUAUUACCAAUAUUUUAGCAUAAAUUAUUCGAAAACACAUAAGAAGUUUAAUUUUAAAUUUAAAUAUUCGGCAACUCCUAUAAUUAUUUAAAUGGAUUAUUCUGCGCGGUUUUCUUAUAGUUCGGUGAAAUCUUAUAGCUAUUUUUAUUAUAAUAAUAAAAUAAAAUGAACUUUUAUAUUUUUUACAGGAAUAUCUAUCAAAGUUCGGUCAAUCAUAUUACACAUAAAUUUGAGUUGUAAAACUUGUCAAAGCAAAUGAGAGACAGCUUGUAGAUUCCUUUAAAAUAAUGGUCAUUGGUGCAAUGUAUAUGUCGCAUUAUCAGGUGAAAACCUGUAGUUAUAUUAAAAUAUAAUUAGCAUUUAUAUUUUCAAGUUCAAAUCAUAACAAAGUAAAGGACAAAGUCCAAUCCAAAAUGACCUGAAAACGAACGUCAGAAUCAUUCAUUAGGCAAUUUU